UUCGUCUCUCAGCCCCUUCGCAGUGUGUCAUGGAUCUAGCCAACGGCUUGAAAUAUGAAAAGGAGAAGGAGGCUGUGACUGUUGAAGCAAACGACGAGCCUGAAGAAGACCCCUGGAAUGUUGCUGCACUGAAGGACAGUGGAAAGCCGUGGUCAGAGCUGACUACACGUGAGCGUGUGUUUCGUGUUCUUUUUGCUUGGAUUUUGAAGCCAAUGCUGCUUCUUGGGUUGCUCUAUUUGUUUGUUUGCUCUCUGAGCUUUCUUGGAUCUGCCUUCCAACUGCUAGGAGGCAAGAGUGCUGGUGAAGCUUUCUCUCAAAAUGAGAUUGUUAGCAACCCAAUUGCUGGUUUAAUGAUUGGGAUUCUUGGAACAGUUCUACUGCAGAGCUCAUCUACCACAACUUCAAUAGUUGUUACAAUGGUGUCAGCUGAAAUUCUGGACGUGAAGACUGCUAUCCCGAUUGUAAUGGGUGCCAACAUUGGUACAUCUGUCACAAACACUAUCGUCUCUCUUGGACAUGCAAAAGAACGUGAUGAAUUUCGUCGAGCCUUUGCUGGAGCUACUGUUCAUGAUAUGUUUAAUUUCCUCUCGGUUUUGAUUCUUUUGCCUCUUGAGUUAGCCUCUGGGUACUUGUUUCGUCUGUCUGAAGCAUUGGUUGAUGCAUUUGACCUUGACAAUGUUUCUGGCAAGAAGCAGGAUUUGCUAAAGAAGAUCACCAAACCAUUGACUGGCAAGGUGGUUCAGUUGGAUAAAAAGCUGAUCCAAAAGAUUGCAAAAGGAGAAGAUGACACGUCAAAGAGUCUCAUCAAAGUAUAUUGCAAUACAGUUGAGGCAGUCAAUAGUAAUGCCACCGUCUGCACCAAUGGUACCAGUAUCUUAGGAACUUACCAAGUGUGGGAAAAUAAUACUUUAGUUGCAAAGAACUACACAGACUGUAAUUCAACCGUUGAAAUUUCAAAUGUCACGUGGUUGAUUCAAACACAACCUGAGCAGAAAUUGGAAUGUGACUUUCUCUUUCAUAAUACAUCGCUUAGCGACUCAAGUGUUGGUACCAUUCUUCUUAUCAUUGCACUUAUCAUUCUGUGUGUGUGCUUGGUUCUUAUAGUCAAAACCUUGCACUCUCUUCUUCGUGGUCGUGUAGCCUACAUCGUCAAGAAGACUAUCAAUGCUGAUUUUCCUAAGCCCUUUGCAUGGUUCACUGGCUAUGUUGCAAUUGCAGUUGGUGCCGGGGUCACUAUGCUUGUUCAGUCGAGCUCAAUUUUUACAUCUGCUAUUACACCUCUUGUUGGUGUAGGAGUAAUCACUCUGGAAAGGACAUAUCCUCUUACUCUGGGGGCAAACAUUGGGACAACGGUAACUGGAAUUCUGGCUGCUCUUGCCAGUAGUGGCAGUCUAAGAAAUGCUUUGCAGAUUGCUAUGUGUCAUUUGUUUUUUAACAUCAGUGGCAUUCUAAUUUGGUAUCCCAUACCGAAGACAAGAAAAAUACCGAUUGGCUUGGCACGGAUUCUUGGUAACACAACAGCAGACUAUCGAUGGUUUCCAUUUUUGUACAUCAUUGUGGUGUUCUUCCUCAUUCCUGCCAUACUGUUUGCCCUGUCAAUGGCCGGAUGGUAUGUACUGCUUGCUAUUGGCGGUCCCAUUUUCAUACUGUCUGUCUUCAUUGUCACUGUCAAUGUGCUGCAAAGAAAAAAGCCACAGUGGUUGCCUGAAAAGCUGAAGACAUGGGAUUGGCUGCCUCUGUGGAUGCACUCAUUGGAUCCAUUGGACAAAGUGAUGGUCAUCCUGAUCAAUGCAGUGAAGAAACUAUUUGGGUUUUGUUGUUGCAAGAAAGAUGAGGUGAAUGAGACGAUGCCAGCUACCAUGAAUAAGACCAUGCCAGCUACCAAUAGCUCAGUAAUUGCCAAUGGCAAAGGCUUUGAAAUGGUUGACAUGACAAUAUAACUUGAUGUGACAGCAUUGUGUCAAAUGCAGAUGCUCUAGAGUUUUUUGACAUUCUAGUUGCUUGAACUAUAUUGCUCUGCCUGUAUAAUCUCUGUACAAUGACCAGAGGAGUUUUGUGUCUCUUUACUUUGUUCUACAUGUAUAGAUAUAGUAGACUGCUGAUAUAUGAGAUUGUUUAGUAUUUUUACGUGCUGUAGAAGAUCAAAGUAUGUUGAUACAUGUAUAUCUUUUAAUUAUUAACAUGUGAUGCUCAUAAGGGCAGUGUACUGUAUUAGGUGAUGAAAUCUAACUUAUUUAAACAGGUUGGGACCAGUGGGUGUCGGGAUAAAUAUGAUUUGUUCUGACACUCGG